GAAAACGAUGUCGAACACGGAUUUUUUUUUUCCAAUCAGAAGAGUUAACAGAUACGACACAAUGAACUGUUUUAACUGAGAGUGAUUUUUCGAGACAUUCAAAACUGAAAGGAUCAAAGCGCAGUUAAGAGUACAAAACCCAAACUUACCAUUACUAACAGUCUUAUCUAAAAGUGGAAGAACGGCCUUUGUAACAGAGAACCGGAAUUGUGUUUUCGUUUGAUCUUCUUGUCAUCAUUUUCUAAGAGGCAACUUAUUGUCAGAGUUUAAGAUGAACAACUUAGAUGAGAGUUCCUUGAAUCUCAGUUUAGACGACAUCAUGAAGAUAAUCCAGGAAAAAGACAUCGAGUUUGUCCGCUUUGAAUUUGGUGACCUUCACGGUAUUGCAAGGUCAAAGAUCAUACCAUCACGUCACUUCCGAGACAAGUCACGCAAAGGCAUCAAUAUUCCUAUUGCACACCUGGGCAUGGACUGUCGAGGGCGCCCUGUAGAUGAGGCGAAGUACAUUAUCCAAGGAGAUUACUGCGAUGCAGUUUGGACACCCGACCUAUCAACAUUUCGAGUUUUGCCAUGGUGUGACAAUACAGCAAGAGUGAUCUUAGAGCCCACUCUGAAAGGAAGACCAGUGGAUCUAUUUCCUAGAACAUUGGCGAGAAAACAGGUAGACCGCCUCUCGAAGAUGGGACUGUCCCUGCUAACAGCACAUGAGCACGAGUUCUACAUCGUAGACAGACAGUCUGGGCAGCCGUUAACCCAAGAUUUCAACCUUCGAGCCACGGUGCGCAACUACACGGACCCUCUGUUGAUUCGAUCUCUUCUGCAAGCCCUACCUGCCGUUGGUGUGGAUGCGGAGAUGAUGGAUACGGAGAAGAGCCCAGGGCAGGUGGAGAUCACAUACAAACCAGCAUUCGGUAUCCAGGCUGCAGACAAUGCUUACACCUACAAGACAACUAUCAAGGAAGUGGCUAUGCAGAGGGGCUAUGUGGCUAGCUUCAUGAGCAAACCAUGGGCCGAACUGAACGGGAGCUCAGCCCAUGUCUGCCAUUCCUUGUGGGAUAUUACCCAACAGCGCCCCCUACUUUAUGCUGAGGACCUACCGUUCGGCUUGUCAAAGAUUGCCUGUCAUUGGAUAGCUGGUCUGCUGGCACAUGCCCCGGCCCUGAGUAUCUUAAUGGCACCUACCGUGAACUGCCUCAAGAGAUUUGAAGCCAACUCCUUUGCACCCUACAAUGCCACAUGGGGACUCGACAACAGAACCUGUGCGUUACGUGUCAAGGUCGGAGGUGGCGCUGAUACUUACAUCGAGAAUAGAAUGGGUGCCAGUGGCAGCAACCCCUACCUCACUAUCGCAGCCACAAUCGCUGCUGGGAUUGAUGGGAUUCAACGAAAACUGAUCCCACCUCAACCCAUCGAAAACAACGCCUAUCUCCCUGGCAAUGUUCCCGCCGAUACGGCCAUCUUGCCUGCUACCAUGAACGAAGCUUUGGAGGCGUUUUCUCAGGAUGAUGUUAUAGGAUCAGCUCUUGGUGAUGAGUUCAUGAAGGAGUUCUGUCUACUUAAAAUGCACGAAAUGAAAGAGUACACCGAGGCGAAACUGAAGCAAGACUCGAAAUGGGAGUAUAAGAUGUAUUUCGAAUACAUCUAAUUCGUGCUAACUAUGUGUGCAGAUAAGUCCUCUUUAUAGUGUCAACCCUUAAAUUGUUUGAUUAUAAGUAUGUCGACUGAUGCGUCGAGUAGAAACAUCACAACGAAUUGAUACACAUUUAAUAAUAAUGAUUUUAAGAUUUACAAAGCACACAUAUCUGUCGAUAUUAGGUAGUUUUCGUUCCGCGACGCACGGAGGGUUAACACACACUGUAAAUGUAUUGAAAAUGUCUGUCAAAUGACAAAGAACAGAUGGGAGGCAUUAAUUUGGCGAAAACUGGUGAACCACCGGUCAGCAGUUUCGUCCUAAUUUUCGGAGCUGACCAAAAGAUUGCAAAUAUGUCGUUUGUCUACAGUCAAAGACGAAGCUGUCGUUUUGAUUAGCCAAUAUUUGACAAAGACUUCUUGGUAGUUCUUUGUCAUGAAAGGCAUUUGGCAUUACAUUUUCUCUGUUCUUGAAUCUUCCGUACGACGCGGAGCAAAAACUUCACAAUGGCACACAAUGAAUAAGACAUAAAACUGAGAUGUCAUGGUGUUAUGGUUAGUCCACUGACAAUGAGUGGGACCGUUCGAAAACAGAUUUUUGCUUUUCACCGUUUUCAUAGUUAUAAUUGAAGGAGUAUCCGCAACCCAAAUUUGGUUGGAAUCGGUACAACCAUGAUAACGGGGCCAGAGACAAUGACUGCAUGAAUACCUAACAUCAUGGGCGGAAAUCACAGGGGGGACGUGUCCCCCCUUCUCAAAAUAGUAGGGGGGACACAAUAUCAAAUGGCCCCCCUACUAUUUGUGGUAUUUUAUGAUGGUAAGAAAUACAUCAUUCAAAUUCGAAAUAAAACAUGUAUUUUAGGACGAGAUGACCUUGUUUUGGGGAUGCUAACCUUUUUUUUUUUUUUUUUUGCUUGUCAAAUUUAUUUAUGUCGAAAUGACCUUAAAUUUUGGGUGAUAACCUUUUUUUUUUUUUUUGCUUGUCAAAUUUUCCGGCCCCUUGUCCCCCCUACCUUUUGGGGGAGAUUUCCGCCCCUGCCUAACAUACCUAACUAGCCCCGUCGAAGUGAGUGUAUUAUUGGCCUGCAUGGUUCUAAAAAAGAAAAUAAGUGGUGAGGUUAUCACAAAUGGCGCUAUAUUGCUCCCAUAUAGAAAAGGCUGUUCACUAUACCAAAUCAAAGCUUUCCCAAUUCGUAUCCUCAAAUUCAUCAACACACAUUAGGCCUAUAUUACAACCUUACCCAUUUAUAACGUGUUCAGAGAAACACAGGCUCGGGUUUCAUAUCGGGUCAUGGAAAAUAAAAACCGUUAUUUUUUUCUGAAAAUAUUAUUGUUCAUUUGUUUGAUUUUCUUUUAUUUUGAGAAUACGAUAUACUCGAUGAUUUUCUCAAGGUCAUUGAUUAUGUCAUCCUAUACCCCUGGCUCUUGUUUGUUAUAGAAAAUUAAGAGAUUCAACAUGUUGAAAAGUCAUUAGGAUGCAAAGAAUGAUUAUUAUGUGAAUUAGAGUAAAACUAAUGCUACUGGCAAGAUGAUGUUCGUUCCGCUUAUACUGUGACUAACCAUACAACUUUGCACUGAAUGGUGAAUUGUAUUGUCAAGCAUACAAGGUAGUGUGAUAUGUAGAAGUAUUAAAUAUAAAUGUAUAUCUAGUAAAAUAAUUAAAUUUGUAUUGUUAAAGUUAAGUAAAUUUUAAUUUCAUAAUCGCUAAAUGAAAUCAAGCCAUGUUCGGUAUUGAAUAUUGUUUUAUUUAUUAUCAUGUUGAUAUUAUCAUGAACCUAUUAUGUCAAUGAUAUUAUUGUGCUGUAAUUAUUCAGAAUAUAUCUGUUUCAGGUAAAUUAUAACAAUUAGAUGAAAGAUAUU